AUGUUUGACUCAGACCCGCCCACAAGGGCCAUGUUUGACUCAGACCAGCCCACAAGGGCUAUGUUUGACUCAGACCCGCCCACAAAGGCCAUACGCCCCACGGACGACGACAACUGCGGACUCCCAGACGGACGCCCCACGGACGAUGACAACUGCGGACUCCCAGACGGACGCCCCACGGACGACGACAACUGCGGACUCCCAGACGGACGCCCCACGGACGACGACAACUGCGGACUCCCAGACGGACGCCCCACGGACGACGACAACUGCGGACUCCCAGACGGACGCCCCACGGACGACGACAACUGCGGACUCCCAGACGGACGCUCCACGGACGACGACAAUGCAGACACCAAGACGGACGACGACAAUGCAGACACCAAGACGGACGACGACAAUGCAGACACCAAGACGGACGACGACAAUGCAGACACCAAGACGGACGACGACAAUGCAGACACCAAGACGGACGACGACAAUGCAGACACCAAGACGGACGACGACAAUGCAGACACCAAGACGGACGACGACAAUGCAGACACCAAGACGGACGACGACAAUGCAGACACCAAGACGGACGACGACAAUGCAGACACCAAGACGGACGACGACAAUGCAGACACCAAGACGGACGACGACAAAUGCGGACAACCAGAAGACGCUGCCAUUGGUUCCACAACACAAAGAAAGCAGGAAUACUGA